AUGGUUUGGUCACGUCUCGAGAAGAAGAUUCCGUUGCAAAACCGCUCUGAAGAUCGAUAUUUCAGUAGUGAGGCCACGCGGGAGGCCAAGGAUUCGCUGAUUGGACCUUGUGAGCUGGAUAUGAUAAAUGCGCGUUUGUGUACAGCUGAUGCAAUGGAUAGAACCAACUGGAAGACAAGAAGCAGAAAGGCGGACCCUGCAAGAACGCGGGACAAAAGCAAGGAAGAAGAAGAAGAAGAAAUGUUAGAAUUUCGUCCUUUGACAGCAUUAAUAAGGAUUCUCUGA